CACUCCGUCUUAAAUCUGUUCUCUUAUUAUGGAUGUCACUCUGGAGCAUUCCCAAUUUGCCAUCUAAAAAAAUGGACUCACUCCUACACACUUCCUCUGCAAUUUAUCAGGCUACAAAACUCCCUAAAGCGAGUCUUGAUAAACGAAACAACUCUUUCCCGUCGUUCCCUAGAAAAUCAGUUAUAGUAGGCGCCAAAAAGAGCGGCAAGAAAAAUCCCAACAAGGAAGACACUCACAGCUUCUUUGCCAAAACUGGAGAGGACUCUCUUUUCUUCCCUGAAGCUGUUCUCCUCAAAGAGAAAAAAGUUCAGGAAGAUGGUAGAGUUCUUCCUGAGUUCGCUGAUGCUGAACAGGAAGAGUUCUAUGAAUUUCUUAACCUCCAGCUGCAAAGUGAAGUGCCUGUGGAUAGAAUGCGCCACUAUGAAGUGGUUUAUUUAAUUCAUGAGAAGCAUGCAGAAGGGGUUGGAAGUGUCAAUGAGAAAGUUCAAGAUUUUUUAAGGGAGAAGAAAGGCAAGGUAUGGAGAUUUAAUGACUGGGGUCUCCGAAGACUGGCAUACAAAAUACAGAAAGCCAAGAAUGCCCACUACUUCUUGAUGAACUUUGAGUUAGAAGCCAAAUAUAUUAAUGAGUUUAAGACCAUGCUAGACAAAGAUGAAAGAGUCAUUCGGCACCUUGUGAUAAAGAGGGACAAUGCUAUUACUAAGGAUUGCCCUCCGCCCCCUGAGUUCCACACCUUGCGUGCAGAUAUGCAAGGUUAUGACGGUGAUGAGGACUUGGAUUAUGAUGAUGCCUACGACAAUGAAGAUUUUGAUGAAAUGUGGGAUGGCGAAGGUGAAGAGGUGGAUGGCUAUGACGAAGCUGAAGAUGGUUUUGUUAUUGUCAACAUAGAUAAUGAUAAUGAAAAAGAAAAUAAUAAUAAAUCAACUAAUGCAAGUACCAUAGGGAGAAGAAAUCUUAAAGCUGAGAAAGUGAUUAGAUAAUAGACUAUUGUUGUUUUAGUUUUUGGCUAUAUUGAUAUUAUCUAUUGUAGAUGAACAAUUACAGUCUGUUGCUAUGUAUAAGUGUGCAUGAGAAUUGAAUUAUAGCUGUUGAAUUUAUGCA